AAUUUUUAAAUUGAAAAGUUAUCACUUAUUAAGUUUAAUAUUGUUCUAAAUUAUAGCAAUUAUCGAUAUUAAUCGAUAUCAAAAUGUGCACGCCACGUGAUGACUUUAUAACACCCGAUCAAGUGAUAAACCUGCGAUGUGACAAGGACGUUUUUACGAGUAAAAUCCACGUCCAGAUCAAGAAAUCCUGGAUGCGGCCUCGGUUCAUGUUCGUCUUUGAGAACGGGGAUCUGAAUACGGCUGCCCACUGUCUGGCCGAGAAUAUGCACGAGCCCUUCGAGCCCUACCCCAUUGCCAGUGUGGCCGUGCAGCAGUCCGUGCGCGAUGAAUUCAUUGAGCGCGUGAAGUAUCGCUUCCACCAGCUGCAGCCACAUGUGGCCACCCAUCCGAAUUUCGAGCGCUCGCUGAAGGAGCUGCAAAUGGGCGGCAUUAAAUAUGAGGUCGCUGACAUUGAGGAUGCACCGCCCGUUGCCAGUCCGAUCAUUGUCACUGGCAACAUAACCCACUUGUUCUUCAGCACCGCUCCGACGGGCGUGGUCACUCUGAAGAGUUUCGAGACCAUCAGCCAGGCAGCCGAUAUCAUUACCAGGGAGCAGCCGCCCUUUGAUGUGAUACACGUCUUUGACGAGAGCGUCGCGACCGUCUAUGCAUUGGCCCCGCGAAUCACUGGCACUCAGUUCUAUGUGAACUGCAUGGAGGUGUGUCUAUUGCCAAUACUGCCGUUCUACAGCUCGAAGCAGGCCUGCUGCAAGCUCUACGACGGCUAUCACUUUGAGACCCUCGAAAUGGGCGGCCAUUGGCGCAUCAUCGUCUUUCCCUACCACACGUCCUAUAUGAAUCACUGCUGCUGUCCGAUGGACGAAUGCUAUUGCACACCAAAUAACCACCAUUGCUGUGAAUAAAGCUCAUCAUUUCG